AUGUUACAACCAGCCCGGCAAUGCUACCUUGACCGCCUGCACUGCCUUGAUUUGCGUCUCUGUCAACUGACUGGUUCUGACGUCCUGAAUAAGCAGAUAUGUAAAAUGGCCGGACUUAGCCCGGACGCUAUGAUGCAGCUUUCUUUCCAGCUGGCCAACGACCUGGUGCAUUCACGUCCUGCUGCUACUUACGAAUCCUGCAGCACUGCGGCUUUCAAGCAUGGUCGCACCGAGACCAUCCGCUCGGCUUCACCAAAUACUCGCCGCUUCGUCGAGCUAUUUCGUACCUCCACCAACUGGGCAGAAGGCAAAUCCAAUGACGAACUUUUCACUGCACUCGAGGCCGUUUCAAAGUCACAUGUUACUCUUAUUAAGGAAGCGGCCAUGGGGCAAGAUUAA